ACGGGUGGGCGGGGCUGCGAGGAGCGGGCGGUGCUGGGGCGCCUGGGAGAGCGGCGCAGCGUGCGCGGGCACGACGCGUAGUGGCUUCCCCUAAGGCUGAGGCGGCGGCGGGCGCGCGAGGCGCGGGCUGUUGUGCUCCCGGCUCUCCUCUUUUCCCUCCUUGGCGGGUAGAGGAGACCAAAGCAGUGCUGGGCGCGCUCCCUCUUCCUCUCCCUCCGGCGACCUCCCGCGGCCCUCUCGCGCUGCGCUGUCUCUCCGACGCAAGACUGUCCCGGCCCGGAUAUGGCUCGUGGACAGCAGAAGAUCCAGUCUCAGCAGAAAAAUGCCAAAAAGCAAGCUGGACAAAAGAAGAAACAAGGACAUGACCAAAAGGCUGCUGCCAAAGCUGCCUUAAUAUAUACCUGUACUGUCUGUAGGACACAAAUGCCAGACCCUAAGACCUUCAAGCAGCACUUUGAGAGCAAGCAUCCUAAGACUCCACUUCCUCCAGAAUUGGCUGAUGUUCAGGCAUAAAGUUGUUUACAGAGCUAAGGGGUUGGCAGAUCAGAGUGGAAUUUUACUGGGAAUCUGCAUACUGAAGAAUAGAACCAGAUUUUGAUACAUCUGAAGUGGAGCCAAGUUUAUUCUUACCCUUUCCCUUCACAUUAGUGACAGUUUUUGAAUAUUUCAAACUGAAUGAUCAGAUUUCUGGAACACUGUUUCUGUCCUGACAGUUGACAUUUUUUGUGGCUUGGGCAAAGGCUCUCUGCUCCACUGGCUCCAUGGGGAAAAUUAACCAAUGCCUACCCUUUGGGAGUGCGAAGAAAGUUAAUUGCUUGGGGAGAGCAUUGGGAUGAGGAGAAGCACCAGCCAGCUUCACGUGACUCAAAGCAUAUGGAAUCAACUGAUGGGCUGCCAUAAUUACUACUAUCAAUUCAGCCUUGGUAUCUUCUUCAAGGGGGUUUAUCUGGAUCUUUUUUUGUGGAAACUUUCAACAUCCCAUGUCUUGGAACCUAAGAUUAGAGUUAAUAUACUCAAUAAAAAUAAAAGAGGGAAAGU